CUGCCUGGCAACAUAACCUGAAAUUGCCUGUUUUAAUGCUGCUUUCCAUUAGACGGCAGCAGUACAUGCCCAGUACUACUGCUUAACCCCCCAAGGUCUAUAGGAUUUUUCUUGUAGCUGUGACUUUGGGCGGUCAGGGAAGCGAGGGAUGCAUUGUUCUGUGUUCAGUGAUAUUUCCCCUGUUGGGUAUAACAGCUCCUCCAUUCUGCCAAGUGUGUUCUUUGGGGCAGGAACUAGGAACUGUUUUUUGGGGAAUGACGAUCUUUGCAGGGUGCCUUUGCUGAGGCUGGCUGAAGUGUGAGCCCUGCAGGGACUUGUGGCAGGACUGGCAACUUGGGAGACACCAGGAGAUGAGAAACGGGUCGGCCUUUGUUCAGGCUGGCAGUGCACUUUGCCAGGGAGCACUGGAGUGCUUCUCACCUCUUAGGCAGUCAGCCCUUCUGAACACAGACUAGUGCCGUCAAGCAUGGCACUUGUAUGCUUUCUGGCUCUGGAAAUAUUUUUAUUCUCCUCAAGCGUGGUUUGCCUGGCUUGUUGACAGCAACCAGAUAGACCCUUGUCACCUGAGCAUUUCAGAACAAAAGUGGCACUGAAAAGAGGCAGUGGGACAGCUGUGAGUGCCAGUGUGCCCCAGGCCACUUUCUUUGUAAGAGUUAACAUCCAUCUGCUUGGUACCUUUGAGGAGUUAAUAGUGUGUUGGAUAGUGAGUGGCUGUCAGAGCAUCCAUAGCAUUGGGAAGGGAAGUGACAGAACAAUUUCCAAGCAUCCUAGGAGUAUUUAAGGCAGCCAAACCAGCUGCAAGUGCCCUAUAGAAGUGGCACAAGAAAAGACUCUCCCUUACUCAUAGAAGGCUGUGUGGCCCAAAGAAUGCCUCUCCCUUUCCAGCAAGAAAACUCCCCUGGAAUAGUUAAAAUGUUCAGUGACACACGCUCAGCUGAGUGAGGAGCCCUGCAAGGAUAUCUGUCAACAGACACUGAAGGCUCUUACUGCUGCAGCUGAAGGUCCCAUUAGCAACCAAAUCAUUGUUUCCUGGGUAAUCUUCUAUUGCUUUCCACUUAUGAAUGCUUAAUCCCCUUUUAAACAAAUUGCUGUAGCAGUGCUGGCUCAUCAGGCUCUCAGCAAAUGGGGUCAGCCCAAGUAGGGUGCAGCAGGCUUUUAGUGAUGAGAUAUAGGGUGUAUUUAAUGCACUACUUGCUCCGGGCUCUGCCAGUUCCCGGGGGCACGGGUCCCAUUCUCCCCAUGGAAUGUUUGCGUUUGAAGUGGGGCUGGAGAAACGGUUGCCCCUUGGGCCCUUCCGUUCCAGCCCCAAGAGGAGCUCUGCCCUGGUUUCCUACCCUGUACCAGGUCUUUCACUGUGCUGCUUUGCUCUGUUGCAGUUGGAUGGCAGGCUGGCUGGCUCCUGGCGUGUCCUACCUCCCCGUUGGACAGCCUGGGAGGCAGUGAACAUGGCUCCAAGCCAGACACAGCCAAGGUGCACCCCAAGGGGUAGAGGCAUUCUUCUCCUCGGACUGGGCUUCUCCUUCCUGCUCCAGGGGCUCCUGCUGCCCUACGCAGACUGCAGCCCCCAGCCCUCUUGGGGCUACACAGCCUAUGAGAUAGUCAUUCCAAGGAAACUUGGCCCCAAGGCAGGGAAGGCCAGCCAGGACCAAGUGUCCUAUGUCAUCAGCAUUCAGGGGGUUAAUUACACGAUUCACCUCAGGCAGAAAGACUUUGUAAUAAAAAAAUUCCCCGUAUUCACUCGUGACUCCCGAGGGGAAAUUGUAGCUGAACAGCCCCAUGUGCCAGCAGAUUGCUAUUACCAUGGCUAUGUGGAAGGCAUCCUGGACUCUGCAGUGACUCUGACUGCCUGCUCUGGGCUCAGAGGACUGCUACAGAUUGGAAACUCAAGCUACAGCAUCGAGCCCCUGGCAGCUUCCACCAUGGCUGAGCAUCUUCUGUUGCAGAGGGAGAAAGCGGUUCUUGGAACGGUGAUGUACAAAAUGCCCAAUGAAGGUGGACAAUUUCCAGGUCCCAGUACAGCAACAGGGCAGUUCCAGCCCCAAAGGCACACACGGUAUUUGGAGCUCCUUGUUGUGGUGGACAAGGAAGGUUUUGAUGCCUUUGGCAGAAGUGUAACUAAUGUGACACUGGAAGUUAUUGAAAUAAUCAAUCUGGUGGAUGGACUGUUUUACUCUUUCCGCCUUCGUGUCUUGAUAACUGCACUAGAGGUUUGGGUGGAGAAGAACCCGAUCAGUGUUACCGAAAACAUAACACAGGUCCUUCACCAUUUUAAUCUUUGGCAGAAGCAGCAAAGGCUUACGUAUGCCAUGCAUGACGUGGGGUGUCUAUUUGCCUCUGUGGACUUUGAUCAUGGUACGAGAGCAUUGCACAUGGGUGGCAAAUCCAACUUCGCCAGUGCAUGUGAUAGAAAACGUGGCUCUGCUGUUGUAUCAUUUGCAAAACGGCCUUACAUGGACACUGCUGUCCAUGUCGCUCGUGUGUUAGGGUAUGUCCUUGGCAUGGAGCACGAUGACAGAUACUGCAGAUGUGGAAACACCUCUAAAUGCAUCAUGAGUGCACAUGGCACAGUGAACUAUCAAUUCAGCAACUGCAGCAAAAAGCACUAUUUUGAUUUUAUAGUAUCAGGGCAAGGAUUCUGCCUUAAUAAUGCCCCGGAAUUGGUAAUGACAUUUGCACUGCAGCGCUGUGGGAAUGGCGUCCUGGAGGUUGGGGAGGAGUGCGACUGUGGCUCAGAAAUGCAGUGUAAAUUGGAUCGUUGUUGUGACAAUACUUGUCAAAAAAAAAAAGGAGCCAUUUGCACUUCUGGAGGCUGCUGCAAGAAUUGCAGACCUCUUCCUGAAGGAGAGCUGUGUAGGGAGAGUGCUGGUCUGUGUGAUUUGCCCGAGUAUUGCAACGGGACAUCCGAGCACUGCCCAGCAGAUGUGGCCAAGCAAGAUGGAACUGUGUGCACUGAGGAUGGGUACUGUUAUUCAGGCAAAUGCCAAUCUCGCACAUUACAGUGUAUGAGUAUCUUUGGCAAGGAAGCAGAGCCUGCUCCACUACCAUGUUUCCAGGAGGUGAACAUGAAAGGCGAUCGGUUUGGCAAUUGCUGGGGAGAUGGGGCAGAUGUCAACUUUCAGAAAUGUAAGCUAGAAAAUGUCCUGUGUGGGAGGGUGCAGUGUACGAAUGUUAGACGUCUACCUCAGCUGGAAGAUCACACAACCAUCAUUCAAACCCCAGUGGGUGGUACCUGGUGUUGGGGUACAGACUACCACUUGGGUGUGGACAUCCUGGAUGCUGGAGUCAUUAAGGAUGGCAUGCGGUGCGGUGAGAAGAAGAUCUGCAUUAAUCGGACGUGUGUCCCUGAGGAGAAGUACUUGACAUCCCACUGUUCUGCCAAGAGAACAUGCAGAGGAAAAGGUGUCUGCAACACUAGAGGUAACUGCCACUGUGACAACGGCUGGGCACCUCCCUACUGCCAGUUUAUUGGCUUUGGAGGCAGUGUUGACAGUGGGCCUGCGCCGGUCACUAAAAAGGGGCUUUUUAGGUUCCUCAUCGGGAUGACCGUAAUAACUGUUGCUGUUCUGGCGCUCGCAGCACUUGUCAUUGUGCACGUGAGAAUGCUCAGAGUAACCCAAGCAUUAAACAGACUUGUUGGAUGCUUUUCGGCUAGAGAACGGGCUCCUGAGGAGGAUGUGAAGGACCGGGUGGAAGAAGACGGCUCAAAAUCAGCUGAGAGUCAAAAAUCCCCUGUGUAGGACUUCAUGUGGCAGCAGUGGAAAGCUGGACUCAGUCAGUUGCUAGAUUCAGACUCUAGCUGUGGUGGACUCAUUUAAAACUGAUCUAGAUGCAAGUGU